AUGCCACAGGGCAGUCCCUCCAGCUGCCUGGGGUACCUGCUGCUGGUACUCUGCAGCCUGAAGGCUACCCUCGCCUUUCCCAACUCCUCUCCGCUGCUGAAUCCCAGCUGGGGGAAUGGAGACCGCCUGAUGCACCUCUACACAGAUACAGAGAGGAACAGCUUCCAUCUCCAAAUCAAUGCUGAUGGCUACAUUGAUGGUGCUCCUCACCAAACCAUUUACAGUGCUCUAAUGAUCAAGUCCGAGGGUGCUGGCUCAGUAAUCAUCACAGGUGUGAAGAGUGGGCGCUACCUAUGUAUGGACAUGAAAGGAAACAUUUUUGGUUCGCAUUACUUCAGUCAAGAAGACUGUGUGUUCAACCACAGGACACUGGAAAAUGGAUACGACGUGUACCAAUCCCCCAAACACAAGUUCCUGGUUAGCUUAGGGAGAGUUAAACAAGCUCUCUUCCCUGGAAUGAAUCCACCACCAUACUCUCAGUUUUUGUCCAGGAGAAACGAAAUCCCUUUGUUUCGAUUCAACACACCUGAGCCCCACAGGAACACUAGAAGUGCAGAUAUCGAUCCAAUGGAUCCUCACCAGAUCCUGGUCCCGCAGAGGAAGAUCUCUGCAUACGAAUCUCAGUUGCAGCAGCAAGCAGACUUCUCCCACACACCCCGAGAGCCCAUGAGAAUCAACCAGAACGAUGUGGUCAACCCGGAUGACCCACACGCCAUGAUGGAUGCCAGGAGGUACCCAAGUCCUCGCUUUUAUAUUACAAGAUAA